UUCGACUUUUUCCGUUAAAUUCAAUAAUUUACAUCAUAUUUUUCCAAACCGUUUUAACGCCAAAUCAAAAUAAAUUUGAACAAAAAAAUUCACAUCUGUCAGUCCUGAGCCUUUGGUUUGUUUCUGAUAGUAAAACCGAUAAAAUUGAUUCCAUGACACCGAAAAUCAAUAAAAUUUCUGUUUCGAACAUCUAACCAAUAAUAUCAGAUUUCAUGACAUCAACCAGAAUUUUUUGUCGGUUUGAAUUAUGAUUCCGACAACUAUCAGAUUCCACAACAACCCUGAUUAUGAUUUCCGUUAUUUUCGUUUCUUUUAUGUCGGGUCAAAUAAAGUGUUAUCUUAAUAUAAUUAGUCAAAAAAUAAACCUUAAAUAGUGAAGAAAUCGGUCUAGAACUUGGUUAUCGCUAUUAUAAGAGAGUUUUAUAAAUAUCUGAAAAUAUUUAUAUACCUUUUAUUAUUGCAGAUUACCCGAACUUAUCUCUUCCUUACUUGUGUGGGAUAAAAAUGGUGCUAGCCAAAGUACACAACUGUUUAAAAUUUGCAAAAAAGUUAAGAUAUUACGUUAAUUUACUUAGUCGGUUAACAUAUAUAAAUACAUUACAUAUUUAUAUCAUUAUAAACAUAUAUAAACAAUUAUGAUUGUUUGUUGAAUAUUGAAAAACAUAGCGGCCUUAAUUUACACAGUUUAUGGACCUUUAUACGAGUAUGACCUUUCAAUUCAACAGUUAAAUUUUAGCUUCGAAACAAAACCAUAAAAGGCAUAGAACUUACGUGCACUCAGAUCACUUUGUUAAAAACGUUUAGUGCCGUAAGUGAGAAAGUGAAAUAAUUGUAUACAAAUAAAUUAAGUAAAAAUAAAAUAACGUAAUUGUUGACUUAAUGAUGAACUCUUACAAAUUCCCAACGCUACUAUAUCUUUUUGGAAUUUGCCUAAUAUACUCGUAUACGAGUGCCGAUCUGCCGCCAGAAAUCGAAAAAUGCCGAGCAGGUGACGUAGACUGCAUUGCAAAAAUUAUACCCUUUCUUUUGCAAAACUAUACCAAUGGAAUACCGGAAAUUGGUCUAAGUGACAUGGAGAAAUUGUCACUUAACAAUAUUACUAUUACGAAGGUAAAUGGACAAUCACCAGUAACAUUGAAUUUGGCAUUCAAAAAGAUGUAUCUGCAUGGUAUUCGGAAUGUUAUGGUACAACGUGUGGUAGGUUUUCAAAAGGAUCUACUAAAUUCAAAAUUCGAAGCCUACGUGACAAUACCCAAUUUGGUAGUAGAUGGAGAGUACGUCUCCAGUGGAAAGGUGUUAGUAUUGCCCAUGGAUGCAACAGGUUAUGCGAAAAUAGAAUUGAGAAAAACCAAGCUUGGCAUGAAAAUGAAAUUCGAAGAAGACUUUAGGGAUGGCAAGCAAUAUGGGAAGAUAAAGGCGUUGAAAUGCAAAUUGGAGCCGGAAUUAAUAGUUAUGAAAUUUGACAAUCUUUUUAACGGAAAUAAGCAGCUGGGUGAAUCGAUGAAUCAGAUGAUCAAUGAUAAUUGGAAAACGCUUUGGGUCGAUAUGGAAUCUCAAGUAAAUGAAGCGGUUGCAGUGGUAGUGAAACAUCUACUGGCGGACGUAAUACGUGUAUUGCCCUAUGACGAAUUUUAUCGCAAGGACUAAGGUUGGAAGUAUAAAUAUUUUGAAGAAAUUCCAUAUAAAUAUUUAAUAAAUUACUAAUUGGCAUAUUUUCGAGAUAAGAAACAAUAA